AUGGGAACACUCAAAAAAGAUCAAGAGAAAAAAUCAUGCAAAGAACAGGAAGAAAAAACUGCGAUGGAGCCGUCGUCAGAAACCGCGAAGAAACUCGAGAGUAAGCCAUCGUCAACAGAUGCGACGGCCACGGCAAGGGAGACCUCAGCUAAACCGGCCAAGGAGCCCAAACCCCCUGAGCAAGAGCCACAAGCUUUACCUGAACCCAAGAAGGAAGGAGUGACUAAAGAAUCUAAACCACAAACGUUACUAGAACCUAAGAAGGAAGCCCUAGCUCAAAAGCCACCUUUCAAACCACCAGCGGAUGCCAAAAUCAAUGAGUUGAAGGUUUCCACCGGAACACAAGCAACCACACCAGCUGCUUCGCCUGCAAGAGUCGCCGUUACCCAAACGGCAGAUGCUAAGAAAGGGACUGCGGCUCAGAAGCUGCCGGCCACCCGGAGGAAACCACCGACCACUCCGAUAGCUCAAACGGCUGCACUGCCAAAAACUCCCAGCCAAACCCAAGUGGCCACAACUCCCCUGAAGGUUUCUGCUGGAGAACGGUCUAAAGCUCCAGCGGCAGAUACCGAGAAAGAAACUGCGGCUCAGAAACUUACGGCCACCCCGGUGGGUGCCACGUCUGCUCUGCAAAAGACUCCUAGCCAAACUCAGGUGACCACAGCUCCCCCAAAGGUUUCCGCUGGGCAGCCGUCUACAGCUCCGGCAAAUACUAAGCAAGAGGUCGCAGAUAAGAAACCGUCAGCAGUGAAAGUUGCUGAACCACCAAAACCGCUCAAAGAAGCCCAAGCAGCUCCAACAACUGGAUCGCCACAGAAAGCUGUCGCUGCUCAAGCGUCAUCCUCGAACACUGCGAUCCAAGCUCACGAAUCUUCUUCGAAUGUAACGGCCGCGGAUGGGGAGAAGUGGCCCAUUGAACGCGAGAGGAACAUCAAGCGGAAAACUGGGUACGAGUACAUUUUGGCAACGAUUGAAAUUCAAAAAGGGAAGAAAUUCGGACUCAUGAUGGUGCACAUGGAAAAUCGCGUGAUUGUCAACAAGGUGGAAGAC